AUGAGCUACACAGAGAUAUGUGACAAGUUCGAAACAGUUUCUUUGCAUUUACAAAAAGGAUCUGACACUCUUUCAUCCCUUGGUAAUUAUACUGAAUUUGAAGAGCUUGACGCCCUUGGGGCCAUUGGCUUAACCAAGAAGAUGUUGAUUUUUACAAUAGGGAAAUUCAAAAUUUGUUAAAUUUAGGCAAAAUCUCUGCUUGAUUCGAAUAGCUGAUCUCGCAGAGUAUUAUUUUGAUCUGACUAGUACAUUUUUUUUUUAACAUUUUUAGCAAGGACGAUAAAGCUUUUUUUAUAUCAAAUAUAUAUCCAAAGAUCAAUCCCUAUCAGAAAUUAAAAUUCCAUGUAAUUAUGAUUAGGAUAUAAUGUUAGAUAAAAAAUUUCCUGGCCAGACCAAAAUAAGACAGCCAUUCGAUCCACACAGAACUUUACCUUAAUUAACAAAUUUUCCUUAAAUUUCAUUUCCACAUUUUUAAAAAUCAACACCUUCUUGGUUAAUCCGAUGCCCCCAAAGGGCGUCGAGCUCUUCAAAUCCAGUAUAUUUCAAAGCAUACAAAAAGAGCUUCGAAACAUUUAAUUCACAUCUCAGCAAGCUCGUUGACACUUUUCAAAUCGAUUUACCUAAAGAAGGAAACAUGGAUACACUAUCAAUGGCUCUAGUCUCCUUAAACUCUCAUACCAAAAAAUUCAUCCAAAGCAAUACAAAUUUUCUUAAAAAUCUUCAGCUUGAUUUAAUAGAACCAUUAGAAUUAUUUUCCCAAAAUUUCAACUCUACAAACCAGUCACAAGUCAUGAAAGCAGCAUUUCCUUAUAAAGAACUUGCAAGAUUCAAAGAACAGCUACUAAAAGUAAGAGAAAAAUAUUUCACAAGCUCAGAAACAGCAGAAAAAGCAGCCCAAAGAUUCGAAAAUCUUUCAAAGAUUGAUUCUGAUAAAGACAAAAGAGAAAAGGCCCAAAGAGAUGCAAUUUACUAUAGAACCCAAUCAGUCAAUGCUUGUGAAACCUACAUGCAAAUUGUUCAAGAAGUAAACAAUAAAUGAGACGAAUACGACCACAUCAUCCCUGGCAUUAUGGAAUCUCUCCAACAAAGUGAAGAAAGCAGGAUCCAUUUUAUUAAAUCCACCCUUGAAAAGUAUGCGAAACAUUUCCAAAGAUACCAUCACCUAUGUGGAGAAAACCUUGAAGAAAUGGCAACAAUUAUUGGAAACGUUAAUAGCAGCAUUGAUAUUUUGGUAUUUGUUGACAGCAAUAAAUCUAAAAUCGGAGGACUAAUUAGAGAAAAAUUCAUAAGUUAUGAGGAGUGAAAAGGUAGCAAAACUACUGCAGAAAUUAAAGAAGAAGAGUAUGAAGUUUUGGAAAAUCAUGAAAUCAACCUGGACUUAGAACAAAUUAAUAAAGUGUUGGAUUAUUUGAUACCAACCUUUAAUAACAAUAAAGGACUUAAGCCAACUGAUGACUUGUUAAGCUUUGAUGAAGAUGUAGAGAAAAAAUAUUUAGAGCCUAUGCAUUAUGCUAGACUAUCUUCAAUACUUGCAAGAAGUGAAGGGAGAAGUUUGUUCUGUGAAAUUUUGGAAUCAAAAAGAAAACAAAGCUUCUUAAAGCCAGAAAAUUUAAUAAAAUUGUCUCAGUUUUUGAAAGAAGCUUUAACAGUUAUGAUACAUGAUAAUGAUCAUAAUCCUGUUGAAUUUAUUCAAAUUUUAUUGCUGUCUCAUGUUUUUCAUACAGAAGAUGAAGAAAAAAAGAGAAUUUACCUUGCUAAUUAUAUACAGCAUCAUAUUUUUUCGGAUAAAGGAAGAUGGAUUCAUGCUAUAGAGCAUACAAUUGCUGCUAAAUUAGAAGCUGAUAAAGAAUUUAUUGAGAAAAAUAGCAAGCAAAAUAAGGAAUCAGGAAUCUUCGGAGCUUUAAAACAAUAUGCAGGAAAAAAUCCUUUCCAAAAAGACCCUGAAAUGGAAAGAGCUGAGAAAUCAGUAGCUUUUACUGUUAUAAGCCAAUUCAAUUAUCAUAUGAUUUGUAUAGGCGUUCCUAUUGACAUUGCAAAUAGUAUUGUAAUAUCUUUGUCAAAAAAAUACGGUCUUGACCCUGAAAAAACUACUUUUUUGCUUUCAGAAAUUCAAGUUAAUCAAAAAUCUGCAAUGAAAUCAAUGUAUUCUAGUAGAGAUUCAGUUAAAAUUAGACAAAGAGACACUAAUAAAUGGGGAGAUUUAUUAUCAAUUGCAUUAUCAUUAAAGUUUUUAGAGCCCUGUGACUAUUUUUCGGUUUUAUUGGUUAGCAAAGUAUGGCUGAAUAAAUUUAAAAAAUUUACUCUCAUUGAAUUUAAUAAUAUAAAAAUUAUUUUAAUUGUAAAAAUUUUGUAUUGAUGUAAUAUAAGAUUAUUUUGAAGAAAUGGCUACUUGAUUGGGAUGUAGAGCCUGAGAAAAAAUCAAUAAUUAGAACAAAAAUUUGGAUGCAUAUAUUGCAAGCUGACUCUUGUCCUAUUGAAUAUUCUGCAUUUUGCUCAAAAGUUAACGAAAACCCUGAAAUCCUUGGUGAGCAUUCAGAAAUUAUUGAUAUGGAUGUAUUUCGCUCUUAUCAAAGCAGCAAUCAAAUUACACAAGACAUAUUAAGAAAUCUUUUAAGAACUUAUGCCUUUUAUAACCCUGAUGUAGGAUAUUGCCAAGGAAUGAAUUAUAUAGCAGGAACUCUCUAUAUCCAGCUACAAAAUGAAGAAUUUGCAUUUAAAUGCAUGUCACAAUUAAAAAAAUGUCAGCUAGGGGUAGGGUUCAGGUCCUAAAUUUGAGCUCAGUGAGAGAAGUUAACGACUUCUUGAGAGUCUCAGCUCAAGAGAAUGGGGUUUUAAAUAGUGUUUGGUGUAGAUCAGAGAGGUAAGGGGCUUAGGGACAGUUACGGUUUGAUGGUAAGGCCUGCCCACCUACAGUUAUUCAGAGCUGUGGUCCAAACUGAUUCCAAGAAGUACGUUACGUGAAGAGCUAUCAUAAACUUAAAUGCAUGGUCGGUUUAAUAGAAAAAUAUGAUAUGAGUGCUUUAUACGAGCACAAUCUGCCAAAACUAAAACUAUUUUUCUAUCAGCUUGAUCGACUUAUAGGCCUGCUUCUUCCUGAAGUCUGACAAAUGUUCAAAGAAACUGGAAUUACCUCUGCCCAUUUCAGCUCGCCCUGGUUUUUAACUAUUUUUGCCACAAUUUUACAAAAUAAGCCUGCAAUUUUAUACCCAAUAUGAGACUUAUUCAUUUUAGAAGGAUGGAAAGCUAUAUUUAAAAUAGCUAUAACGAUCUUAAAUAUCGUUUCUAAUUCUUUUGAUGAAGAAAGCUUUGAUACAAUCAUGACUGACAUAAGCAGCGCUCAUCUUCCUAGGACUGAGAUAUAGAAAUUUCCCAUAGAUGGCGCUGUUUGCCCUUGAUUUGCCCAUGAGGAAAAUUUUUUAGUUUGACCAAACCAUAUGGUACUGGUCGAAACAAAAAAUAUCCCCAGUGGGCAAAUCAAGGGCAAACAGCGCCAUCUAUGGGAAAUUUCUAUACAAGUUUUUGACGAGCAUUUUAUAGAAAGAGUUAAAAAAGUUAAAAUUUCUUCAGAGUUGUUAGAAGAUUUAGAAGGGGAGUAUGAAAAGCUGAAAGAAAGUGCAAGAUUUAAAAAUAAGAAAAAAUAA